CUUUUGUUACGUCCCACUCCCAAGGCUGGCCACCCCUGGGAUCCCUCCUGCCCAUUGAGCCACCCCUUCCCACAGACCAGCACCAUGGACCGGAAGUGGCCUCCCCGCACCCUCCUUGGGGGCUGCGCCCUCCUCGUCCUCGCCACUGCCACUGCUACCCUGCUGGCACACCUGUUACUCUGGGACUUUGCUGAGAACCCUCGAGAGCUCAGUGAUGUCUCCGGGGCCCCGGAGGGCAGAGAGGGUGCUCAGCACCUGCCCCGGAGGCCCCGGAGUCCACUCGCUCCUGACCAGUGCGACAUCGAACCUGCCAGCCGCAUGGACUGUGCACCCAACGGGGAAAUCUCAGAGCAGCAGUGCAAGGCCCGGAACUGCUGCUACAUGCCCUCGGGGCAGCCCAGGGGCACAGGCCUAGGCCAGCCCUGGUGCUUUUACCCUCGCAAAUACCAGAGCUACAAGCUGGAAGACCUCAAUGCCACGACGACAGGCUACAGGGCGACCCUGACACGUGCCUCUGCCUCCAUCUACCCCAAGGACAUUAUGACGUUGCAACUGGAUGUGAUGAUGGAGACUGAGGGCCGCCUGCACUUCACGAUCAAAGACCCCAAGAACAAACGCUACGAGGUCCCUUUGAAGACUCCCUGUGUUGACAAGCGGGCACAGGCCCCGCUCUACCAAGUGGAGUUUUCCCGAGACCCAUUUGGGGUGAUUGUCCGCCGACAGAUGGACAGCCGGGUGCUGCUGAACACCACGGUGGCCCCGCUCAUCUUCGCCGACCAGUACCUGCAGUUGUCCACCACGCUGCCCUCCCGCUACGUCCUGGGCCUGGCUGAGCACCUGGCCCCCCUGAUCCUCAGCACCGACUGGACCCGGGUCACGAUGUGGAACCGGGACUUGGCCCCCACGCCCGGCCAGAACCUGUACGGCUCGCACCCCUUCUACAUGGUGCUGGAGGAAGGCGGCCUGGCGCACGGGGUCUUCCUGCUGAACAGCAACGCCAUGGACGUGGACCUGCAGCCCAGCCCGGCCCUCACCUGGCGGUCCACCGGUGGGAUCCUGGACAUGUACGUCUUCCUGGGCCCAGAGCCCAAGAGCGUGGUGCGGCAGUACCUGGAGGUUGUGGGCUUCCCCUUCAUGCCGCCCUACUGGGGCCUGGGCUUCCACCUGUGCCGCUGGGGCUACACGUCCAGCGACAUGACCCGCCAGGCGGUGGCCAACAUGACCAGAGCCGGCUUUCCCCUGGACACCCAGUGGAACGACCUGGACUACACUGAUGGCGGCAAAGACUUCACCUUCAACCAGAAGGGAUUCGGGGACCUGCCGGCCAUGGUGGAGGAGCUGCACCAGAGUGGCCGACACUAUGUGAUGAUCGUGGACCCAGCCAUCAGCAGCACCCAGUGCCCAGGAACUUACCGGCCCUAUGACGAGGGGCUCCGGAGAGGCGUCUUCAUCACCAAUGAGACAAAUCAGCCACUAAUGGGCAAGGUGUGGCCUGGACUCACUGCUUUCCCGGACUUCACCAACCCAGCCACCGUUACCUGGUGGGAGGACAUGGUGGCCGAGUUCCAUGACCAGGUGCCCCUGGACGGCAUGUGGAUUGACAUGAACGAACCGUCCAACUUCCUGCCAGGAUCCGUGGAUGGCUGCCCUGACAAUGAGCUGGAGAACCCACCCUAUGUGCCAGGUGUGAAGGGCGGAACCCUGCGAGCUGCCACCAUCUGUGCCUCCAGUCACCAGUUCCUGUCCACCCACUACAACCUGCACAACCUGUAUGGACUGAGUGAGGCCAUGGUGUCGCAGAGUGCCCUGGUGAAGGCCCGAAAGAAGCGCCCCUUUAUAAUUUCGCGCUCGACCUUCGCCGGACACGGCCACUACGCUGGCCACUGGACAGGGGACGUGUGGAGCACAUGGGAGCAGCUCGCCUAUUCCAUCCCUGAGGUCCUGCUGUUCAACGUCCUGGGCGUGCCCCUGGUCGGGGCGGACAUCUGCGGCUUCAAUGGCGACACCAACGAGGAGCUGUGCGUGCGCUGGAUGCAGCUGGGCGCCUUCUACCCCUUCAUGCGCAACCACAACAGCAUCACCAGCACACCGCAGGAGCCGUACCGGUUCAGCGAGGAGGCGCAGCACGCCAUGAAGAAGGCCUUGCGCCUGCGCUACGCGCUGCUGCCCUUCCUCUACUCGCUUUUCUACCGCGCGCACGUCCAGGGCGACACCGUGGCCCGCGCGCUGCUCCUGGAGUUCCCCCAGGACCCCACCACCUGGACCGUGGACCGCCAGCUCCUCUGGGGAGCGGCCCUGCUCAUCACCCCCGUGCUGGAGCCAGGGAAGACGGAAGUGACCGGCUACUUCCCGGCCGGCACGUGGUACGAGCUGCACUCGGUGCCCCUGGAAGCCACUGACAGCCUUUCACCUCAACAUCCGGCACCCCGUGAUUUUACUGUCCACAGCCAGGGCCAGUGGGUGACCCUGCCGGCGCCCUUGGACACCAUCAAUGUCCACCUGCGGGAGGGGCAUAUCAUCCCCCUGCAGGGUCUUGGCCUCACCACCACGGAGACGCGCCAGCAGCCCCUGACCCUGGUUGUGGGCCUCACCUCCAGCGGGGAGGCCCAAGGGGAGCUGUACUGGGACGACGGAGACAGUUUGGGGGUGCUGGAGAGCGGUGCCUACUCGCUGGUGGGCUUCUGGGCCAGGAACAACUCCGUCGGGAACACACCAGGGCACGUCAGCAGUGAGGGUGCUGACCUGCGGCUGAGCAGGAUCACGGUACUGGGUGUGCCAAAGGCCCCCCAGCAGGUGCUGUCCAAUGGCGUCCCCAUCUCCGACUUCACCUACAGCUUCCAAACCAAGACCCUACAGGUGCCCGUGGUUCUGCCUGUGACAGUCAAGUUUCUUGUGAGCUGGAGCUGAUGGCGCCCUGGGGCACCUGGCUGUGCCCAACGUGUGGACUCUUGAGAGUGCCCCCCUCUGCCAAAGCCUCCUCCUGCCUCCUGGGAUUUGUUGUUUCUACCCCAGGGGUAGGGCGUCCCCAACCUACGCUGCUGUGACGGUGAGGUGGGAGGCCAGGGCAGGACUCAGCCAAGUAUGUAUCUUGGAUCAGGGGUGGUGUGUGUCCCUGUUGGGGUACUGAUGAGGGACGGGGAGCCUGGUGCUGUGUACGAUAUCUCUAAGCAAGGUUUGACCCGGGAGAAGCCAGAUUCAAGACCCAGGAAA